AUGUCGACUCAGGCGGUGCCUGGCAGUGGCUACGAUUUGGCUCUGACGCGCGACGCGCUGCAGCACCUGCCCUGCCGCCGAGUCGUGGCUUCCCUGAAAAAUCUGGCCUUCUCAGGGGUGAAGUAUCUGCUGAUCGGCAGCUACCGCUCGAGUGCAAAUGUGGACAUCCGCACGGGAGCCUACUUCUUGAUAAACCUUGCGCUUCCACCUUAUGGAAUACACCCUGACAGUGUUUACGAUGAGAGACACAAAGAGGACAAGCUUCUCUACUUCUAUCGGGCGUCGGAACUCCAGAAGGAGGACUUUGCGGCCAUGGCUGCUCGCUGCGGUGGCAAUGAAACUCAAUAA